UAAAAUUUCCCUACCCUUUACGCCAUAGAUUUCUGUAGCAAUCGUCGUCGUCGUCAUCAUCAUCAUCACCUGCGCGUUCAACAAAAAGUGUCUCGUCCUUCUAUUGGUUCCGCCCGCGGGUGCGAUUCAUGUAAACCCCAAACGAUCCACAACAAAAGCCGUUGCGAACAUGUGUAACGCGAACGUUGUCUAUUCCCUGUUCCCCCUGUUUUAAAUAGAUAGAAAGGACACGCUUGAAAAGGUUUUCUGGGGCUGUUCUUUCCUCUCCCGAGAAAUUCCUCUGCAGGCAGGGAGGGGGGGUGCGUGUGUGUGCUGAUGAUCCCCUGAGCCACGUGGGUUUCUCUCGGCAUCAGCUGCAAGGGGAAACAAGAAACGGAGAGCUCACUCGUGUCUGACUCAGGAAGUUGAUCAGGAUGCGAGAUAUGCCAGAACCAGAUGUUGUGAGAUGAAGGAAUGAGAAAAAAGAGAAGGUUUCCGUCUCAUCACAGGGUUCCUUAGAAGUUCUCGUUACCCAUUCUGAGCUGGGACUGCCGGAUGCGGAUUACCCUGCUUUGCGGGUUGAAAGCGUGAUUGUCGUCGUGUUUGAUGAAAGGAGAGGGAAAUCCAUAUUGCUGAGCAGAACCGACCGAGGACAGGGAUUUUGUACAAUUAAAUAGGCAUGGAGUCACCAGCUGGGCAGCCAAGCCAGCCGAGGAAGAAGAUGACCAAGCAAUUGACGGGGAAGCGAGACGAUACGCCCCUGCAUUCCGCGGCGAGAGCGGGUAAUCUGGCUGUGAUAAUGGAAAUCAUUUCUAAAGCCGGUGAGGCAGAGACAGAGUUGAAGGAAUUGCUGGAGAAGCAAAAUCAAGCUGGCGAAACUGCCCUUUACGUUGCUGCCGAAUAUGGCUAUGUUGAUGUUGUGAGGGAGAUGAUCAAGCACUAUGAUCUAUCCGAUGCAGGGAUCAAGGCAAGAAAUGGCUUUGAUGCGCUACACAUUGCUGCCAAACAAGGGGAUUUGGAAAUACUAAAGAUACUCUUGGAGGUGCAUCCGGAAUUGGCAAUGACGGUGGACGCGUCGAAUACGACGGCACUUCACACGGCUGCGACGCAAGGCCAUAUCGAUGUGGUGAAUGUGUUGUUGGAGGCCGGAAGUGGGUUGGCAACAAUAGCGAGAAGUAACGGGAAAACAGCGUUGCAUUCAGCCGCGAGAAAUGGGCAUUUGGAGGUGAUAAAGUCACUUCUUGAUAAAGAGCCUAGUAUUGUGACUCGUGUAGAUAAAAAGGGCCAGACGGCAUUGCACAUGGCUGUUAAGGGUCAGAACGUCGAAGUAGUGGAAGAGUUGAUAAGAGCAGAUCCAUCCUCAAUCAACAUGGUAGAUACUAAGGGCAACACCUCAUUGCACAUAGCGACCCGGAAGGGCAGAGAUCAGAUAGUUCGGUUGCUGCUUGGUUGCAGUGAAACUGAUACAAGAGCCGUUAACCGGUCUGGCGAGACCGCUCUUGAUACAGCAGAAAAAAUGGGUCACUCCAAUGUUGCGGCUAUUCUCCAGGAGCACGGCGUGCAGAGUGCCAAGGCCAUCCAGCCACAGGCAACCAGUGCUGCUCGCGAGCUCAAACAAACCGUGAGUGACAUAAAACACGAAGUCCACUACCAGCUCGAGCACACCCGCCAAACCAGAAAACGUGUCCAGGGCAUCGCCAAGCGCCUCAACAAAAUGCAUGCUGAAGGCCUCAAUAAUGCCAUCAACUCCACCACCGUGGUGGCUGUCCUCAUCGCCACUGUCGCUUUUGCAGCCAUCUUCACUGUCCCAGGCCAAUACGUGGAUGACCCUACUGAUAUUCCCCCGGGUCUAUCUCUUGGGGAAGCGAAUAUUGCUCCGCAAGUUCCAUUCGUAAUUUUCUUUAUUUUUGACUCGGUUGCUCUCUUCAUAUCCCUGGCUGUGGUGGUGGUCCAAACGUCGGUCGUGGUCAUCGAGAGCAAGGCCAAGAAGCAGAUGAUGGCGAUCAUUAACAAGUUGAUGUGGCUGGCCUGCGUGCUGGUCUCGGUGGCAUUCUUGGCACUCUCAUUUGUGGUGGUUGGUCAGAAAGAAAGGUGGCUGGCAAUAGGGGUGACCAUCAUAGGGACAACCAUUAUGGCCACUACUCUCGGCACGAUGAUUUAUUGGGUCAUUAUGCAUCGUAUCGAGGCCUCCAACAUGAGGAACAUAAGGAAGUCUUCGUUGGGAAGUAGGUCAAGGUCUUGGUCGGUUUCAGUGAUGUCGGAUUCGGAGAUCCUCAACAACGAAUACAAGAAGAUGUACGCGAUAUAAAUAAAUUAAUCAGGCAGAAAAAAAGCCCGAGAUCUUCUCUGCUCGGGAGGAUAGAAUGUCUCUUUCCUUCGGAAAUAUCACACUGUACAUGUGAUGGAGGCUGUGAGAGUUUUUGCUCCCGAUUCGCUCCAAAAAGUUUUGGCUGUCAACAUAAAUAUUUACUAAAUGCAAGUGUUCAGCUUAGUGGGAUCCCGGAGGCAUCCUCUUUUCUUGAGAUGUAAAGUUGUCUAUUUCAGUGUACAUACUUGCUGUGGCAUAACUCUCUGGGUUCAGCAUCAGUGGCUUUUAAUGGAUCUUGCAUUUAGAAGAGAA